AUGGAGGGAGCCCCGAGCCCCGAGCCGAUCGCGCCCGCGGUGUCGGCGCCAGCACCUCGAGAGAACGAACCGUCGCAGGCCGCACCCGUCGUUGAGCAGCAGGCGCAGCAACCCGCAUCGGCCGCGCAGCAGACAGAGAGGGCCUCCGAAGCCCACGUAGCAGAACAGCAAGCACAACCGGCCGCUCAACCACGAGCGAACCCUACGGCGCAAGCUGCGCAGCCGAAACAGACCCCCGUGAUCACCAGAGACCGUUACAACCAGCAAUCCCUCGGCGCAUCACUCAACUCGACAGUUAAAAAGUCACGCGUGCUCAUGGUUGGAGCUGGAGGCAUUGGGUGCGAGCUGCUCAAAAACCUGGUCCUCAUGGGCUUCGGCCAAAUCCACAUUGUCGAUCUCGACACGAUCGAUCUCUCGAACCUGAACCGCCAAUUUCUUUUCCGUCAAGAGCACAUUAAAAAGUCCAAAGCACUCGUUGCCAAGGAAGCCGCCGAGCGGUUCAACCCCAAUGUCAAUAUUGUCGCACACCACGCAAAUAUCAAGAACGAAGAGUUUACUGUCGGAUGGUUCCGUGAUUUCAAGGUUGUCUUCAACGCACUGGACAAUCUGGAAGCGCGCCGCCACGUCAAUAAAAUGUGUCUGGCAGCCAACGUGCCACUGAUUGAGAGUGGCACGACGGGAUUCAACGGACAAACCCAAGUCAUCAAGAAGGGCAUCACAGCAUGCUACGACUGCACACCAAAGGAGACUCCCAAAUCGUUUCCUGUCUGUACGAUCCGAAGCACACCUAGCCAGCCCAUUCACUGUAUAGUGUGGGGCAAAAGCUAUUUGUUGAAUGAGAUAUUUGGCGCCAGCGAGGACCAAGCUGCUUUCGACCAUUCCGAGGACGCCGAGAAUGCCAAGGAAAUCGUGGAGCUCAAGCGCGAAUCUGAGGCACUUAAGAAGAUCAGAGCCGCCGUCGGAACACCUGAAUUCCCAAGGAUGCUGUUUGACAAAGUUUUCAACGCCGAUAUAGAACGUUUGCGUUCCGUCGAAGACAUGUGGAAAUCCAGAACCCCUCCUGAAGCCCUUAACUACGACAAAGUUCUGAGCGAAGCAAGUGACGCCAUAGCAGCAAAGGACUCUUUACUUGCCGACGACCAAAAGACGUGGUCACUACAAGAAAGCCUGGCGGUUUUCAACGACAGUCUGGAGCGGUUAAGCAAGCGCGCAAUAGAACUCAACAAAGCCAAGGGACCGUCCGACCCGGAACCAAUCAUCACAUUCGACAAGGAUGAUAUCGACACCCUGGAUUUCGUCACUGCUAGCGCAAACAUUCGCUCAACCGUGUUUGGCAUCGAGAGCAAGUCCAGAUUUGAUGUCAAGCAAAUGGCCGGCAACAUUAUUCCCGCUAUUGCUACCACCAACGCCAUCGUCGCGGGGCUGUGUGUGCUGGAGUCGUUCAAGGUCUUGAAGGGGGAUUACGACCAGGCAAAGGAGGUAUUUUUGACGCCCUUUGCUCCCGCAAGACUUCUCGCGCCAGACAGGCUGCGCCAACCAAAACCCGAGUGCCCAGUCUGCGGCGUAUUCAACGCUAGCGUUGUUGUCGACCUUGCGCGGGCCACGCUGGGGGAUAUCGUUGAGGGUUAUCUCAAAGAGAACCUUGGUCUUAAAGACCGCGAAUUCUCAGUCAACAACGAUGUUGGCAUCCUCUACGACUUUGAUGAGACGGAUAACCUGCCAAAGAAGCUUACUGAAUUGGGUAUUCGCAACGGCAGCUUCCUAACCAUCAUGGACGAUUCUGACGAAGACACGCUGGUCAACAUUGUCCUUGACAUCGAAGAAAGGGCACUGGAGGCGUCAGAGAAGCCAUACAAAGGUGUGGUUGAGGACAAGCCUGAAAUUCUACGGAAGCCGAAGAAGGCAGCUGCACCAGAGACGAAUGGCCAGAGCAAGACGAACGGCACCGUCCACGUCGAAGGUCCCAAGGGCGUGAAGCGAUCAAACGAUGACGGCGAGGAGCAGCCUUCGAAGAAGGCCAAGACUGCUCGCACAGAACCAGACGGCGAAGUGGUAUUGGUGGAAGAUGCUGGCGGUGCCAUUGUCAUUGAUGACUGA